GACCUUGACAAGCCACCUAGUGCGUCGUUGGCGAAGCAGGAUGUGUUCUUUGUGGCUCUCGCAGAUCCCCAGUUUGGUUUAAUGAAUCAAGACAAGCAUUGGAAGGAGGAACAGGAGCGAUCAGAACGCGCCGUGGUGCUUAUAAAUAGGCACGUAUGA